AUGCCUGGACCCCAAGCGGACAAGCAAGGUUACACCAGCAUGUUUGACAAAAUUAACUUGGACAUGGUCCUGAAGAGCGACAGGCUGCUGAGGAGCUACUUUGAUUGUGUGAUGAACCGUAAACCUUGCACCGCGGAAGGAAGCGAACUCAAAAUAAUUCUUCCUGACGCAUUGAAGUUUGGGUGCUCCAAAUGCUCUGAAAACCAACGCGAAGGAAUCGAGAAAUUAAUCAAUUACUUAAUUGCCAAUAAGCCCGAUAUUUGGAAAGAUCUGGAGGAUCACCUCGACCCCAAGGGGAUCUACAAGCAAAAAUCCACGACAUCAGCAGAGAAGGGGGAAGUAGUUGGCGAUCGAAACAGGGCAAUGAACGAGAAUUGGGACAACUGCCAUCGACCGACUGAAGCCGGCGUUCGCAUCGAGUCGCCGAAACCACCAGUGUCCCACUUUUACGCUGCGCAGAACUGA